GCCACAUAUCGGUGCCCAUCAGUGCCACCUAUCAGUGAUGCCAAUCAGUGCCACCUAUCAGUGCCAGUCAGUGCCGCCUAUCAGUGCCACCUAACAGUGCCAGUCAGUGCCGCCUAUCAGUGCCAUAUAUCAGUGCUAUAUAUCAGUGCUGCCUUUCAGUGCCCAUCAGUGAUGCCUGUCAAUGCCCAUCAGUGUCCAUCAGGGCAUCCUAUCAGUGCCCAUCACUACAGCCUCAUUAGUGUCCAUCAG